ACCAUGCAUGUUCGCUAACAUUGUUAAUCUAGGUCUUUUCAAAAUUUUGAGUAUUUAGUGGCUCUGUCAGUAAUUUACUGCUUCUCUCUUUGUCUCUAUCAUUCGUGCUACACACUGCAAACCGGGUCGAGCCAAACCGAGCGCCGCCAUCUCUCCUCGCUCCCGAAACAUUGACUAAGUGCACAAAUUCCGUCGUUUUUAUGGGUGUCAGCUCAAAUAUUUACCAUUUCCAUUCAAUGUGAUAACAGAAAGUAAACGAACAUACUUUGUGACGUGUAGCGGCCUCUAGUGUCCAAGCUGAUGAUGAUCCACAGCUCCAGAGACAAUUGUGAACCAGUCUGUGAGGAUCCAGGUCACGGAACAACUUCAGCUGGACUCUGCGUUGUGUUUAUUAACGAUGAGGGAAAAGAUGACGACCACUGUUGCCACGGGAAGUGCUUAUAUGCAUUAAAAACUACAGCUUUCUACUGUUUGUAUACAGAGGGGUCAUCUUGGAUUUCAAAGUCUGGGGGUGGCGAGGUUUCCCUGACCUUCCAAGUCGAAAUUUCAACAUGAGGGAGAGCUGCGGUUGCAAUCUCCGACUCGGGGGAUCGGAAAUUCCGAGUUCCGAGGUUUAACGCAACGCAGCAUUUAUGCAAGGGGGCCGGGAGGAGAAACUCUGGAGGCUCUGACCCCGACCUCUGCGUUCACACAUACACCUCCUUCCUCCGGAGAAACUGCGGAGGCUCGCCGGACUUCAGUGCGCGCCUGGAAGCAGCUGUAUUGUCAGUGGCACGUUCUGUGGAGGUCCUGCCCCGGGGCCCUCCUCGGUGGUUAAUCCGCCCAUGCACAGUGACACUUCCCACACAACCAGCAAAUCGGCGUGUGACGUGUAGAAUCGGCGGAGUGGCCACGGUUACUGAGUGCCGGGCUGUCGGCUGCUGUGAGUCGGACUCCCCCGCUGGAGCUCUCCCUGUGGCUCGGCUCAGUCGUGUGUGUUUACCUCCCAGCCGCUGCUGUCCUGUGGCCGGCUGCCACACACACACACUCACACCGCAGACUCAACUAGCCCGAAACACACCGAUGUAAGCGGCCUCGCCUCCAAUCCUUCGCGGGUUCCCUGCAGCGCUGUGUGUUCGUGACACCGUAGCCGAGGUGGGUUUUGACUUUUCUCUGCGACUAUAUUGAAACCCCCACGGGCUCCGACGGGCUAGCUGGCCCAGCAAUUGCGGGCGUUAGCACCGUUAGCUUAGCCUCUGCUAGCCUAUCCCGUGAUGGAGGGUUACCGUGAACAUGGCGCCCUCCAAAACAAACGAGCAGGUAGCCUGCUAGCCGACGGGGUGUCGGUACUUCGCGGCGGCGGCGGCGGCGGGCAGAGCCUCGUGUGCGCUCACGAUGCCAACGUGUCGUCGUCGCGAUUGUGAAUCUCGUUUGUGUUCGCUGUCAAGUCGGCUGAGUUCUCCAGUCCGCCAGCUACGGCUAGCGACGUAACAGCCUGCUAGCAUGGCUACCUGAAAAUGAACUCACCGCGAUAGCCUGCUCGCCCGUCGCUCAUCGACUUCCAGUCGCGUGUUCUUGGUUUUACGUUAUAAUUAAAUACACGCACACGUCGCACACUGUCCGCUACAAGUUGCACAGUCACGGUUAAACCCCCCCUUCGUCUUGUCACGUUUUGGAUGUUAGCUAGCAUGCUAGUCGGUAGCCAAAUGGAGCUACUCCCCUGGCAGAGCCCGUGGCCCUCCUCGGCUGCCUCUUUGUCACCAGUUGUGUCGAGUGUGUCAUUUAAGUCACAGAUAAGUUGUGAAGUUUUGUGUCACAUGGUGGAAACGCGGGUGUCUUUCCCCGGAGCACCUCGGUCGUUCUGCCUCCCCUCGUCCGCGUCAGGCGUUUAGCCACCAGCGGGCUAACGGUGAACGGCAGACAGUUGUCAUGAAUAAGGAAAUCAUGUCACGCGUGGUGAAGAAGAGGCAGGCAGACCCCAAGGUUGUCCAGUACGUGUGGGCAGCCAUUGAGGUCAUCCGCAACCAGAAACAAAUUGCAAAUAUGGACAGGAUCUCCAAGUACCUGAGUCGGGUUUUUAGUAUGCACCCUAAGGAGACUGCCAGACAGCUGAGCCUGGCUGUUAAGGAUGGCCUGGUGGUGGAGACCCUCACGGUUGGUUGCAAGGGCUCAAAGGCCGGCAUUGAGCAGGAAGGAUACUGGCUACCGGGGGAUGAAAUGGCAAGUCCAUUCCCACUCAAUCAGGAGCCGAAAGCUGAGGGAAGCAAGGCACAACCAACCAGCGUGGAAUCAGCAACAGACUGGGAGGCAGAAAGCCACGACUGGUACUGCUUCGAGUGUCACCUACCGGGCGACAUCCUCAUGUGUGACAACUGCUUCCGAGUCUACCAUCUCAAGUGUCUGUCGGAGGAGUGCAAGCCCAGAGAUGGAGGAUCGCACUGGCAGUGCGCCGCCUGCAGGGGCAGUAAAAAGAAGAACCUGAACAAACAGGACAUGUGUAAAUACCUGCGUUUCAUCGUCCAGCGUAUGAAGGAGAGGGCAGUGGACCUGAACAAGAAAGGCAAAGACAUUAAACAUCCCAUGUACAGACGGCUGAUCCACACUGCACUGGACGUCUCCAACAUCCAAGAGAACCUGUCUGAGGGAAAGUAUAAGAACUUUGAUGAGUUCAAAGCAGACGCUCAGCUGAUUGUUCACAACACUUCCAUCUUGUAUGGGGUUCACAGCGACCAGGCAGAGAUCGCACGGUUGCUCUUCAGCGACACAUGCCAUGAGUUGAACGAGUUGUUGUUGUGUAAGAACUGCUUCUACCUGUCGAACGCCCGGCCCGACAACUGGUUCUGUUACCCCUGUAGCCCCAGUCAUGACCUGGUCUGGGCAAAGAUGAAGGGUUUUGGCUACUGGCCGGCCAAAGUACUGCAGAGGGAGGACAACCAGGUGGACGUGCGCUUCUUUGGACACCAGCAUCAGAGAGCGUGGAUUCCCGCAGACAACAUACAGGACAUCAAGGUGAGUGUCCAGCAGCUGCAGGUGAAGCGCAGCAAUGGUUGGAAGAAGGCGUGCGAGGAGCUUGAGGUUUACCAGCGUUUCCUAAGGGAGGGACGCUACUGGAAAGCAAAGAUGGAGGACGGCAGCCCGCCACACCAGCAUCAUCAACAGAGCCAGCGGCAGCAGCAGCAGCAGCAGCAGGAGCAGGAGGAGGAGGAGGAGGAGGGUGGCGGCGGCGUGAGGUCAGACAGACUGGAGCGGACAGACGAAGCCGAGUCCAGCAUCUCCUCCACAAGCAACGAGCAGGUCCGACAUCUCAAAAGCAGCCAGGAGCCAAAGGCCAAGAAAAGUCGUCGGUCUCAAAUGGUUGAACCUAAAGAGGAAGCCAGUGACCCGGAGCCCGAGAUGGAGGCAGUGAGUUCCAGCCAGGAGAUUCCCGUGUCCUCAGCGCCGCAGCAGCCCGAGAAGCUGUCGGUGUCGACGCAGACCAAGAAGGCCAGCGGAGGGUCGCCGCGCACGCUGCACCGCGGCACCCAGACCAACAGCGACGGCGCCUGCCAGAACAUGUGCCACGAGAAAUACACCAAGGUCUUCAACGACGUCAAAGAGAUGAUGAAGGCGGACAACAAGAGGGAAACAGAGAGAGUCGUCCGAGAAGCUCUGGAAAAGCUCCGUGCAGAGAUGGAAGAGGAGAAGCGGCAGGCGGUGAGUAAGGCGGUGGCCGGAUCUCAAGCGGAGAUGGAGAGGAAGUGUAAGCAGGUGAAGGAGAAGUGUAAAGAGGAGCUGGUGGAGGAGGUGAAGAAGCUGGUGGCCCAACACAAACAGCUCAUCUCCCAGACCAAGAAGAAACAGUGGUGUUAUAACUGUGAGGAGGAGGCCAUGUACCACUGCUGCUGGAACACCUCGUACUGCUCCAUCAAGUGUCAGCAGGAGCACUGGCACGCCGACCACAAACGAACCUGCCGCAGGAAGAGAUGAACGAUCAAGCCCCGCCCUCUCUGACCCCUGCACAGCACGCCAAUGGCUCUCGCCCUCUCCGUCGCCUGUCAGUCAGUGUCUACAACACACACACACACACAUAUCUUCUUGCUUCUCUACUUGCCUUCCUGAAAACUUUGUGGACCCGUAUUUCUGCUUGAGAAGAGCGAGUCGUUCUCUUUUUGUUUCUGUUAUUUAAUGUACCCAUUGUAUUGAUUUGUCUUUCCGUGCUUUUGUUCAUUUUUUAAUUUCUGUCUCUCUGAAUCAUGAACAGAUCGGAGUCCUGGUCCGAUUUGUAUGUUUUUAAAUCUUUCUGUUUCUUUACUGAAGUGCUAAUUUUGAGCUCGUGUCAGAGAAUGUGUUAUUUAAGUGUGUAGUAACAGAUGAGCAUUAACAGAAAACAUUUUAUUACCUGAAUUUUUUAAAGAGUCAUUUUUCUUACUGUAAAUGCAACAAACACACAACUGUCGAACCCCACUGUAAGUACUGCAGCAUCGAGCUAGCUCCGCUUUCAUAGAGAAAACUUCUUGAAAAAACAACAAAAAACUGCAUAAGGAAUUGAACUGUGGACGAUGUGGCGCACUCGCUUUUUCUUUUCACGAGGUGUUUGUGGUGAAUCGCACCUUUUAUCAUUUCUACCUAAAAUCAAGGCAUAUUGGGAAACAGGGUCAUGAGUUCGGCCUUAAAAGACGCCGACAAAAAAAUCUUCCAUCUAUUAUUAUUGAUAUUAAUAUUAUGCAAUUUUCCUUUUUUUUAAACAGACACAUUUUUAUGAGUCAGGUAUUCAAAUUAAAUGUGAAAGAUCUUCUUCUUUUUUUUUUUAAUUGGGGAAAUGUAUAACAAUCUUUCUUGAGCUGGAUCUUAGAGAGGUUCCAUGAUUUGACAGUUUUUACACAUUCGUUUUUUUGCACAUUUCAUUUUGUCAACAGCCCAAAUGUGUGUAAUAACCCCCCCCCCCCCCCCCCGACCCCAGAAAAAAAACAAAAACCCGGGGGGCCCCCCCCCCCCCUCGCUUUGUAUAUUUUCCGAGCGUCGUAAGUGUAAUUUUUAAAGUGAUGUACACUCGAAAUGCAUCUUUUCCUUUUUUAAAUCUGAAGUGUAAAGUAAAGCUAUGAGACUCUUUCACUGCUUAUGCUGUAGUUGUCGGUCAGUGCCUGUUUCUCUUUUCUUUUCUCACCCUCUCGCCUCCGCUGAGGUCACGUGCAUGUUGAUAGUUCCAUCGUCUUUUUUUUUUUUCAUUCGCUGCGGAAAAAGCAAACAAGGAAAAAAUAAGGAACCAGAAGUUCGCUGGUGUUUAACAGUGAAGACGGAUGGACCAAUAUAAAACAUUAUGCAAAUGUGAAUGAUCAAAUUCAUCUUUUCUAAACUUCUCUCUGCGAUGGAGGUCGAUUGUUUAAACCUUUGGUGCUUGGAUUUUUUUUUUUUCUUCCUCGAUGCGGCAAUCAGAUUGCCAGGUUUUGAUUUGUGUGACACUUUUAAAGUUUGACUGUUUCCUCAGUUAUGAAGAUCGACUGAACAGAGGAAAAUCAUUCAUCUUCUCUGUACAGAUACUUUUCUUUUUUUUUUUAAACCCGCAUUGGUUUGUGCUUCUGGUGACGUGGAAAAUAAAGUACUGUGCAUUUUCACAUAGUGGGCGGAGCCAGGCUUUUAUUUCUAUCUUGUCACAUUCGUUGUGUCGUACAUGAAAAGUGAACUCUCAGUCGAGGUGGUGAACUUGUGCCGUGUGCCCGCUCGACAGUGUGUACGUUAAGAACUAUAUAUUGAUGUUGCUUUUCAUUCUGUACCCACAGGAAGUCAAAAUGCUCAAUAAAAACCUCACCGAGGCGAAACACAACGAGCCUCACGCAAGAACAAGUUUGAAUUUCUUACUUCAGCUUCCUGCAUCUGUGAAACCCGACACGUCAGAUUCACUUCUGACUAAAUGUGCGAGCGUGCACGACGACAGGAUAUGAACGUAAUGCCUCCAAUUAUACCACAUAAGCUUAAAAAGUCAAACGUUUCGAGUUGGGAGAUUGGAAUCCUGAUUUCACCGAUGCAGGAAGUUAAAGUCUGUGGCCGAGGCUGCGUCACCUGUGGGCCGCCCCGUCUCUGAACUGAAACAGGGUUCGAUCGAUCACCUGGACAGAAUAUAGAAUUUUUGGCUCACACUGUUACGCAGCUUUGGUUGUGGGACGUUUUAGCAGCAGGUCCGGUCUCUCUGGAGGACGGAAGCUGCGCGAGGAGUGUUGAGUUCAAUAAACGACGAUGAACGAACACAUCACCGCCGACAACAACGGUGUCGUCGCAACAGCUCGACUCACGUGAAGCUUUUUCUGUAAAAGUGCGGACAACAGCGAAGCUCCAAUCAGAACUUCUAAAUCACGAAGGUGUCAGAGCGAAAGAUGUGAUUAUUGUUGUUGGUCCACUAUCACAGAAUUUACGCUCACGACUUUAUUUCUAAUCUUUUGUCUUUGUUUUGAAAUUCGUCCGAGCGCGUCACUUUAGCGCGUCACGCGUCGUCGUACCGUUCUGCUGCUGUUUGUCGUCUCAUCUCAUGUUUCACCGCGGUUCUCCUCCGAGUUUCAGCAUCAAACGUUUUCUUUUCGUCGUCAUUGCACUACAUGUAAAUAAACUGUCUCCGUCACGUUGUAUGUACAUUGUAAAUGAAUUCACAAAUACUCGAUUUCAGCUGUUCUCUUCUGGAUGACUGUUAGUUUUAGUUUUGUACAAUGUACAACCGUUAUCACGUUAAACUCUGUGACCACAACACGGAGCUGCGUGUCACUUUCAGCAUGUGUGUCUUUCAGUUUCUUUUUUAAAAAUUAUUUUUGAACGCCGUGAACCACACUGCACCUUCGAUGUAUCCGAAUGAUUCGAUGUGUUGAUUUUUAACAGACUGUUGAAAACCAACUAAUAAAUGCAUGACACAUUUUAUGUGACCUGCGAAGCCGCUGCUUCUCUUUUACUCUUUUUAUAUUCGUCCAUCCAGCCGUAAAGAUUUCAGUGUGAAUUUAGUUUGUUUUCCGCUGUGUGGAAAAGAAAAUUGAUGUCAUUCCAGUUUGUAUCUCUGGUUUUAAACUGCAUGAGUAACGGUGUGUAUCAGUGGCUCCUUUUUCUGUUCUCCCUUGUGUAAAGAAGAGACUUUUGCACUUCCUCAGAGUAAUGCAAUAUGACAAUGAUGCUUUUUUUUUAUUUUUUGGGGAAAUUCACUUCAGCUAGAUCACAUCUUAAAAUCAGUUUCUGCUUGAAACUUCAGUAAAUCGAUGACACGGUCGACCAGACCCAGACUUUUCACUGUUUCUAUUCCCUACGUACAUGAUGCGGUGUGAGUACCAUUUGAAAACCUGCUUAUACUUACAGAGUAUAUGAACUUUUAACUGGAAUAAUUCUAGUUGAGAAUCGGUUUUGUCCUCAUCUCCUGGAGAUCAUGUUCUUCUGUUCUGUCCAUAUGUAAACUAUUAAUCGUGGCUUAACAUUUUCUAUGCUCCUGAUAUUUCUUUUUUUGAUGCUGUAGCUAGCAAUAUGUAUAUAAAUAUAUUCUACGUGCUAACAUGGAGGAA